GAGGCUGUGAGGGACGCCCUCCAUAAGGACGCCUUUUUAGGCCGACCCACGAACAGCCCGUUCACUGUCGUGAACGCCGACAACGCCAUCAGUUUGGCCGACGAUAACGGCCGCCUAUGGAGAGACCACCGCAGGUUCGCCUCACAGACGCUCCGGGACUACGCCAAGAGUGGUAUGGAGUACAGGAUUCAACAGGAGAUCCGUUAUCUCAUCGCACGUAUCGACGAGACCAGUGGUCGCCCACUGAAUGCCGGCAAACUCCUGACGCCCAGUAUGUCCAACAAUAUCUGUCACCUGGUGUUUGGCCACCGAUACGACUACAACGACCCGAAACGCCAGGCCAUGGAUAAGAUGCUGGACGAGGCCUGUAAAGUGUUCUCGGUGAUCGGGGUGCUGGCGAUGGCGCCGGCGUGGUUUUGUAAGCUAGUGUUCAGGGCCAGUGAUUUCGGCAAUAAAAGGCAGUUUGACAUCGCGUUUGAUAUUUUUGAUAAAGAGAUCUCUUCGCACCAGAAGUCGUUGUCUGCGAGCAAUAGAGUCAAUGAUUAUAUCGACGGAUACUUAGCGGAGAUGGAAGUGAGACAACGAAAGGAUCACAUCUCUCAGUAUAACUUCUCCCUUCGCAGACUACAAGCCAACUGUCGGGCGUUUUUCAGCGCCGGUAGUGGGACUGUGCGGACGACCACCGAAUGGCUGUUAUUACUGUCCGUUAGAUACAGCGAUCACCAGAAGAGGAUUCACGAAGAGAUCGAUUCUGUGGUCGGAAGAGAUCGGAGUCCCUGUUAUGCCGACAGACUUCAUAUGCCGUUCACUCAGGCGUUCAUUAACGAGUCGUUUCGAUACAAAACU